AUGUACGUCUAUAAAAGAGAUGGACGUGAAGAACCAGUUAGGUUUGAUAAAAUCACUGCUAGAGUUCAAAGAUUAUGUUAUGGUUUAGAUACUAAACAUGUUGAUGCCGUUGCCAUUACUCAAAGAGUUAUUUCUGGUGUUUAUCAAGGAGUUACUACUAUUGAAUUAGAUAAUUUAGCUGCUGAAACCGCUGCUUAUAUGACCACCAUUCAUCCAGAUUAUGCUAUUUUAGCUGCUAGAAUUGCUGUUUCUAAUUUACAUAAACAAACUACUAAACAAUAUUCUCAAGUUUCAAAAGAAUUAUAUGAAUAUAUUAAUCCAAAAACUGGUAAACAUUCUCCUAUGAUUUCCAAAGAAACUUAUGAUGUUAUUACCAAACAUGCUGAUGAAUUAAAUUCUGCUAUUGUUUAUGAUAGAGAUUUUAAUUAUAAUUAUUUUGGUUUCAAAACUUUAGAAAGAUCUUAUUUAUUGAGAAUCGAUGGUAAAGUUGCUGAAAGACCCCAACAUUUAAUUAUGAGAGUUGCUGUUGGUAUUCACGGUAAUGAUAUUGAAAGAGUUAUUGAAUCUUAUAAUUUAAUGUCUCAAAGAUAUUUCACUCAUGGAUCUCCAACUUUAUUUAAUGCUGGUACUCCAAACCCUCAAAUGUCUUCAUGUUUCUUAGUUGCUAUGAAAGAUGAUUCUAUUGAUGGUAUUUAUGAUACUUUAAAAACUUGUGCUUUAAUUUCUAAAAGUGCUGGUGGUAUUGGUUUACAUAUUCAUAAUAUUAGAUCUACUGGUGCUUAUAUUGCUGGUACUAAUGGUACUUCUAAUGGUAUUAUUCCAAUGGUUAGAGUUUUCAAUAAUACUGCUAGAUAUGUUGAUCAAGGUGGUAAUAAAAGACCUGGUGCUUUUGCUUUAUAUUUAGAACCAUGGCAUUCAGAUAUUUUCGAUUUUAUCGAUAUUAGAAAAAAUCAUGGUAAGGAAGAAAUUAGAGCAAGAGAUUUAUUCCCAGCUUUAUGGAUUCCUGAUUUAUUCAUGGAAAGAGUUGAACAAAAUGGUGAUUGGACUUUAUUCUCACCAAAUGAAGCUCCAGGUUUACCUGAAGUUUAUGGUGAUGAAUUUAAACAAUUAUAUGAAAAAUAUGAAAGAGAAAAUAGAGGUAGACAAACUAUUAAAGCUCAAAAAUUAUGGUAUGCUAUUUUAGAAGCUCAAACUGAAACUGGUACUCCUUUCAUGUUAUAUAAAGAUGCUUGUAAUGAAAAAACUAAUCAAAAGAAUUUAGGUAUCAUCAAAUCAUCUAAUUUAUGUUGUGAAAUUGUUGAAUAUUCAGCUCCUGAUGAAGUUGCUGUUUGUAAUUUAGCUUCCAUUGCUUUACCAAGUUUUGUUGAAAGUAAUGAAAAAUCUACUUGGUAUAAUUUUGAAAGAUUACAUGAAAUUUCAAAAGUUGUUACUAGAAAUUUAAAUAGAAUUAUUGAUAGAAAUUUUUACCCAGUUCCAGAAGCUAGAAAUUCAAAUAUGAGAAAUAGACCAAUUGCUUUAGGUGUUCAAGGUUUAGCUGAUACUUUUAUGGCUUUAAGAUUACCUUUUGAUUCUCAAGAAGCUAGAGAAUUAAAUAUUCAAAUUUUUGAAACUAUUUAUCAUGGUGCUGUUGAAGCUUCUAUUGAAUUAGCUCAAACUGAAGGUCCUUAUCAAACUUAUGAAGGUUCUCCAGCUUCAAAAGGUUUAUUACAAUAUGAUUUAUGGGAAAGAAAACCAACUGAAUUAUGGGAUUGGGAUACUUUAAAACAAAAAUUAGCCAAACAUGGUUUAAGAAAUUCUUUAUUAGUUGCUCCAAUGCCUACUGCUUCAACUUCUCAAAUCUUAGGUAAUAAUGAAUGUUUUGAACCUUUUACUUCAAAUAUGUAUUCAAGAAGAGUUUUAAGUGGUGAAUUCCAAAUUGUUAACCCUUACUUAUUAAAAGAUUUAGUUGAUUUGGGUCUUUGGAAUGAAUCAAUGAAAAAUAAUAUUAUUGCUAAUAAUGGUUCAGUUCAAGGUUUAACUAAUAUUCCUGAUGAAAUUAAAGCUUUAUAUAAAACUGUUUGGGAAAUUAGUCAAAAACAUAUUAUUGAUAUGGCUGCUGAUAGAGCUGCUUUCAUUGAUCAAUCUCAAUCAUUAAACAUUCAUAUUAAAGAUCCAACUAUGGGUAAAUUAACUUCAAUGCAUUUCUAUGGUUGGAAGAAAGGUUUGAAAACUGGUAUGUAUUAUUUAAGAACUCAAGCUGCUGCUGCUGCUAUUCAAUUUACUAUUGAUAAAAAUUCAAUUGAUCAAGCCAAUCAUACCACUGCUGUUAUGGAAAAAUUAAACCAAAGAAAAUAUCGUCCAAACACCAAAAAUGUAGUUGUUAGUGACACUGAUUCAAUUUCAACUAGAUCAGCUUCAACUGAACCUUCAUCAGUUGAAAAUUCAAUUGCUGAAUUGAAAAUUACUGAUGAUAAAAUAAAAGAAGUUGAUUCAAAAGAUGAUCAAGUUGCUGAAGUUAAUGAAGAAGAUUUAUCUUCUGAUAUUUACAGUUCAAAAGUCAUUGCUUGUGCUAUCAAUAAUCCUGAAUCUUGUACCAUGUGUUCAGGUUAA